AUGCUGUUUUGGCACAGCCAGCCGGAGCACCUGUGGCCCAGCCCCGGGGAACUGUACCCCGGGCCACCAAGCAGCUUGCUCAGGGAGGCCUUGCCCUUGCCCUACUUGAAGCAGGAAGAGCCGCCCAACAUCCCCCGCGUGGAACCGCCCUGCCCCGCCUUCCAGUACGUGCUCUGUGCAGCUACCUCGCCAGCUGUGAAGCAGCAGGAGGAGACCCUCACCUACCUGAACCAGGGCCAGUCCUAUGAGGUGAGGAUGCUCUGCAACCCCAAACUGGGCGAUGCCACCCAGGGGCCCCGGCUGCUGAAGAGUGUGGUGCGUGUGGUUUUCCACGACCGGCGCCUGCAGUACACGGAGCAGCAGCAGCUGGAUGGGUGGAGGUGGAGCCGGCCUGGGGACCGCAUCCUGGACAUAGAUGUGCCACUGUCCGUGGGGGUGAUAGAACCCCAAGUGCUACCCUCACAACUCAACACGGUGGAGUUUUAUUGGGACCCGACCAAGAGGACCUCCCUCUUUCUGCAGGUUCACUGCAUCAGCACUGAGUUCACUCCUAGGAAAAAAGGUGGAGAGAAAGGCGUUCCCUUUCGCCUUCAGAUCGACACUUUCAAGCCCAGUGACAAGGAGCUUUCGCCGGAGCACCUGCAUUCAGCUGGCUGCCUCAUCAAGGUGUUUAAGCCCAAAGGAGCUGACCGGAAACUGAAAACUGACCGGGAGAAGAUUGAGAAACAGCCCGUGCAUGAGAGAGACAAGUAUCAGACCGCCUGUGAGAGCACGGUCUUCAUGGAGUGUUCACCGUGGCCAGAGCCCAGUUCGGGACCCCACCCGCCUCUAAGCCCUCUUGCUCUGACCUCCCCCAACUCCUGCAAGCUCCUGUCCCAGGAGAGGCUCUGCUCCUCACCACCAUUCGCCUUGGACACCUUGGGGGGCAGCCCAGCUCAAGAUCUGAACCCUGGAGCCUCCAUCCUAGAGACACAGCAGUGGUUGCAUCGGCACCGGUUCUCCAACUACUGUCGGUCGCUGGCCAAUUUCACUGGCACUGAUCUGCUGAAGCUUACCCGCCAGGACCUUAUCCAGAUCUGUGGAGCUGCCGACGGGAUUCGCCUUUUCAAUACUCUAAGAGCCAGGCCCAUCCGUCACCGGCUGACCUUAUAUGUCGCUCAGGAGGCCUCUAGGCAAGAGAACGAGGUUCCUAAGAACCCUAACUCAGGUAAGGUUCUGGCCUCUACAGAAGACAAGAAACUCAGGUGUGGUUGCACGAAACCUCUUCUGGCCUGGGGAAAGGGCUUUUAUCAAGAGAUCUCUCUGGAUGAACUCAGUGCUGUAGAGCUCAUGGGGAAACUGGCUGAACUGCUGGCCCUCCCAGCCAAUCAGAUCCAUCGGCUCUUCCACCAGGGCCCUGGGGGUAUCCUCAUUCUCCUCAGUGACCAGGUGGUUCAGAAUCUUGAGGAUGAGUCGUACUUUGUGGCUGUGGUGAAGAAAGUGCAGAAUCCAGAUGGCUACUACCUGGUUCUGACCUAG